AUGGCGAGCCCAGCAAACCUUCCCUCCAUCUUCAAUCCUACGUCCCAGGACAUUGAGAUGCUGCUUGCGGCUCAAUGUCACUUGGGAUCCAAGAACCUGCAGGUUCACAUGGAGCCAUACCUGUGGAAGACUCGCCCGGACGGUAUCAAUGUUAUCAACAUCUCAAAGACCUGGGAGAAGAUCGUCUUCGCAGCCCGCAUCAUCGCCGCCAUCGACAACCCGGCCGACAUUUGCGUCAUCUCCGCCCGUCCCUACGGCCAGCGUGCAGUGCUGAAGUUCGCCGCCCAUACCGGAGCUGUCGCCAUCGCUGGUCGCUUCACGCCCGGUAACUUCACCAACUACAUCACCCGUUCGUUCAAGGAGCCGCGCCUGAUCAUCGUCACCGACCCGCGCACCGAUGCCCAAGCCAUCAAGGAAGCCUCCUACGUUAACAUCCCCGUCAUUGCCCUCUGCGACACCGACUCGCCUACGGAGUUUGUCGACGUCGCGAUUCCCACGAACAACAAGGGCAGACACGCCAUCGGUUUGAUCUGGUGGUUGUUGGCUCGCGAGGUGCUGCGCCUGCGAGGCACGCUCCCGAACCGUGAGACCGAGUGGGAUGUCGUCGUGGAUCUGUACUUCUACCGCGACCCUGAGGCCGAGGAGCAAAAGGAUGAGGAGAAAGUGCCCGGAGUGGAGGAGGCUGGUCCCGCUGCCGUCGACCGUGGAUUCACCGACAAUGCGGACUGGACGGGCGAGCCUGGUACUGCGCCGGGUAUUGAGGGUGCGCCACAGGCUGAUGCCACCUGGAACGAUCCAGGCACUGGUGGCGGUGACUGGGCCCAAGAGACAACCGCAACCGGCACCGCAGCUGGUUGGUAA